CCACACCACCAUUCAUUUUCAUUCUCUCCCUUGCUGCAGAACAAACAAAUGAAUGUCUGUGGUGCAGGUCUGAUAUAUUUAGCUUGCAGUAAUAGAAGUUGAAAGGAAUCCAUCUUAUCAACGUGUUCUGAGGAGUAGUUGAAGAAUUCUCUCUCAAUAACGAAGAAUACAGCAGCAGGAGUCAGAAACAGCGCUUUUCUCAUAUGGACAAACAAUCAAUAUGGAAAUUGUAGAAGAAGAGAGCAUAGCCACUGCCAACACCACUUCGGGGAAGCCUUUUGACAAUCCUCGCCAUCCGAAUCAUCAGGCCUUGGGCUAUAACAGAAGUAAUCUUUCGAUGAUGAUGCAGAUGAACGUUUCAUCCAAUGGGUCGAGUUCGAAUCUAUCCGUGGAGACACAUCCCGCUUCUAGCAGCAAUCAAAGCCAAAGCAACAACAACAACGGCAAUUUUUUUGCUUCAUCGCCGUUAUCUUCGGAAUUGCGUGAUUCUCGCCAUGACAGCCCAAAAGAAGACGAAACGUCCCAGGAAGAAUGCGACGACGAUGCGAUGAUGUUGUCGGAAGUCCCUGAUGCGCCCACAAACCACAACAACAGCAGGUUUAUCCUUCCUCCGCCUCCUGUCCACAACUGUCUUGCAAAAUCGUCGACCCUUCUUUCCAGAGGACAGACAUCGUCCGCCGGGGGACUCUCGCUGGGGCGCAUCAUUACGGAGGGCAGCACUGCUACAACUGCAACAAGCGGUGGUACCAGCGGCAAUGCGUUUGUUCGGGAAGAAAAGGUAUCGCUGACUCCUAGGUUUGGCAGCGCUCCCCCGCAGAAAGGUGGUAUUGGAUCAUCCGAGUCGAAUCAUCGGCAGGGUCCGCAAGGUCCUGACGACCUGGACAGCGAACACUUGUUUUCCAUAUCUGGGAGCAUGUCGUCGGAAUUCUUGGAGCACCAGCACCACAAUCCCGACCAUCAACACGAUUACGGCACUCCACACGAACGCCAGAGCGAGAUGGGGAUGAAGAGUCCCACGUCCACUACCGCCAGGGACUUGUUGCGAGAGGUUCAGUGCCCAUCGCUUCCAUCCACCCACGGCAACAGCCAUGGGAAUGCACAAGGACGGACCAGAAGCGCAUCUCUGCCCUUCUUGGGGACACCACCCCUUCAUCACUAUCUUAGCGACAGUGCCACCGCCAGCAACCGCCAGACAUUUCAGUUGCAGCCUCGGUUACCGGAUGGUCCAAUGCUGUCUUCGAAUCAUCAACACUACAAUCCUCCUUCGCUUUCUUCUACCUCUCCACCUACUUCUACAUUCCACCAAAAACCCUCCCAUCACCCCACACUGAUGCGAGAACACCAGCAGCCACAGGCGCUAUCAUCCUCGCCCACGUCUUCCUCACAGGCCCUCCCGGGUUCAGGGAGCUUCUGCGACGGAAAUGGUGGCCGCGAAAAACCCGUCAUCAGUCGCUGCUUCGCCUGGAGCCAGGAUUCCCAGGACGAACGCCGCAUCACGAAGCGGGCCCGGCUGGUGCUCCCCGAGAACGGGAACAAGAACGCUGUCGCCUCUUCGUCGCCCCUCUCCCCGGACAGCCGCGGUGCACCUCACACCGAAUCUUCCUCCUUUUCUUCGGCCCCGACCACCCUCGAAAGCAUUGUCCGCGGUGCGAAAGGCACCGGCGACCGGGGGCGGCAGCCGCGGUACCACAUCGACGAGCACAAAACCGAGCACGAAGCAUCGAGGGGCGACAGGAAGGGCAACGACAACCGUCACGGCCAUGGUCUCGAGAGAAAGGACAAGAAUUCUGUCCCGGUCGGUGGUGCCGGGUCUCUCUCUGCGUCCCCGUCUCCUACCAGGGUGCACUGGGAGGAGAAGGUCGGGAACUCGAUCGAGCUGAUGAGGCGUGUAGUCCCUCCCCAGGUCUUGUUCGGUGACAAUACCACAAACAGCAACAGCGAAGACGUGGCCAUGGGGGACGACGACAGCCAUCCAGCAACAAAUUCUUCGCAGGUGCCAAUGAUCCACACCACCAGUUCCAACGGUUUCCCCCCACCCAUCACCGCGGCCUUUUCGGCUUCCCAGUACAGUUUUGAAUCGAUCUGAGUCAGAGCCUGUCGACGAGGGGAAUGAGGGGGCAGCGCGAGUUGUGUUCCUUUCGCGAUCCUUGUUUAUCUCACGCGGCACGGUCUUUUAAGUUUCUACAUGCACAAAACAUACCCGGUCAUCCAAAUAAUUUUGUACUGUACACUACAUGAUAUUUUUUAAAUUAGUAUACCAUCUACAACCACUACACGAACCGUUGCAAAAAAAAAAGCAUCGCGCAUUUCCAAUGCCAGCCGUGUCGAGUCGAGUCGUGCAGAGCCAUCCCGUUGCCGAUCCGAACCGGAACGGUCGUGAUCCCCGUCGCGAUUCGUUCGAUCCAUUGGUUGGUUGGUUCACCCAAUCCUUCAUUCGUUCGUUCGUUCGUUCGUUCGUUCCACCAAUUGCCAAAGCAGCAGUUUUCUGUUUGAAUAUUCUGUUGGAAUACUAGCUAGCUAGCAUGGUGCAGUCGAAUGCGAUCUCGGGUUGGUUUGGUUCGAAAGGCGAUGCGAUCGAAAGCCUGCUUGCUCUCUUUGCCGAUUCGUGGCAUCGCAUCGCAUGCCAUCGACUCAACCCAAUCAACCCAAUCCAAUCCAACGCAACAGAAAUCAAAUGCCAUGCUGUGCCAUAUCAUCGACUCAUGGUUUGGUUGCUGGGUGGUAUGGCGGCAGGGUAGAUUCGACACCUGCGCACUUCGUUUCGUUUUCUUUCGUCGUAUUCUUGUUGUUAAUGUUGUUGUUGUUGUUGUUAUUUGGGUGGCAGAGGGAGUGGGUGGAAAGGGUGACAAGGUGUUUCGUUGCAACUACCGAGUUCCACGCCAUUCCACUCCGGCCGGGGGAAGGAUCCAUUUACCGAGGGGCUGGCCGCAAAUAAGUAUGCUGCAAUGCAUAAAACAGCAAGGAAUUCACUCGAAUUCAAUUCAAUUUGUUUUGUUGUUUGUUUGUGUUUCCGUUCGCUUCGCUUCGCUUCGUUUCGUCCGGCAUUGUCGGAACGAGUUUGCUGCUGGCUUGGUGGUCUGUCUCGUGGAUCGAAUGCGUCGUUCGUUUUGCAGAGAACGGCAGAACAAGAAACCGAGAAACCGAACGGAAGGCUUACCCGAAACGGGUGGCGAAAGGGUGUGGCGCAGCUAGGUUUGUCGCACCGUUGUCCCCGGGACGCCCCGUCACCCCACAUUCCGCGUGGAUCUGUUCUCGCCAAGGCCGACGACACAAGAGACCAUCGCAUGCAUCGCAUCGCAUCCCAUCGCAUCGCAUCGCAAGGGCGGAAGCGUCCGAUCCCUCCCGUUCGGCAAAUCCGGGAGCCCGGUCCCUUCGUUCCCGAUGGAUGGCUUCGCAGAACCAAACCGAUUCCGUCCCACCAGCUUGUUCCUGCCCCGCGACUACCGCGGUGGGCUGGUGGGCGAUCGCGGAACGGCCGAUCGAGAGGGUCGGUGUUGCUUCCUUGCUCGCUAGCCACGGUAGCAGACAGAUUGUGUCUCGAACGACAAGACAAGAUCCGAAGAACGAACCGGGCAGAUUGUUUCUUCGCGUACGAGUAGUACUCGUGCCUACCGUACAUUUCGUACACUGCGGUUCUGUUUCUUGCGUAGUAGUAUCCUACCGUACGAUACAGUACGAUACUAAGUACGCAACCGUCGAAAGUGCAACCAUGAUGAUCCUGCGGGCAUCGCGGAAGUGUCAGGAGAAGUAAGGUACGUACGAGUACGUGCGAACCCGUUCUCGUCCUAGUUCUAGGACGCGAAAGUACAGUACGGUACCGCACGUACUGAGUGAGGGUUUGUUCUAUUUUUGGGAUUGAAUUACACCUCUCCUACUCUUGGUACUACCUGUACGCAGAACUUCGGACCCGAUCUAUCUGACACCUAGCUGCCAUGCCGGCAGGAGACAUGCUGACUUUCUCGACCACUGCUAUGGGAACAUACUAUCAUACUAUUAGUAUCUGUAAUACAUACUCUAGCGAAUAAUUACAGUGACGUCAC